UAGGUAAACAAGAUGGCGACAACCUGAGAAGCAAGAGUAACACGAAGAGUCAGGGGAAAAAAUAUAUCACUGAGAUUUUGUCAGAUUAAAGUUAAAUAAUUUAUUCACUGGGGACGGACUCACAACAGAGGACAAACCCUGCAGCGAAAAGGAGGUUCAUUUGGAUCUAGGUACCGGGCAGUAAAAACCGCGGUGACAUGGAGGACACCUGAGGACAGUUCAACACAUUGGACAUUGGAGUCGAUCUCCAGGAGCCCCACUGAUAGCAGAGAUUGGACUGAAACUGCUGCAUGUUCUGACUGUAGAUCUGUGCUUGGAUCCAAUCCAGCUGUAAACACUUAUGUACUCUGAGAAAACUCUGAUAUCCAGCAUGGUCCCUUGACAGAAAUGCCGUGCUGCAUGGCCUUGAAUCAAGACUGGUUACCUCUGCUUAAGACUGUAGGGUAUUAAUUCUGAGGUGAUUGGUGAAAGAGAAGAAAAACGUUGUAGUAUCGCUUUUUCUUUUUUUCAGUUUUCUGUUCAACCGUACUUGUUGUAGAUGUAGUUAAAAAUGCACAGUAUAAAGCACUAACUCUGUACUGGACUCCAAGGGUUUUUAGCCCCUUUUUGCCCCUCUUGAGUGAAAAAGUUUACAAAUUGGGCUUGAUCACCCACCUCUUCCCCUUAACUCUCAGGCCUGAUUACUCCCUCUCCAAUGUUCAGUAUUUUGUAACUCAUCUUGCAGAAUUAAAAUACUCACCUCUGUGCUGAAAAGUUACCAGUGGGUUACUUCACAGCAGCAGUCAUAGCUAUUUGCAAACCGUUUCCUUCACUGGAAGUACAAGCUGUCAAUCAUGAGUGCCAGCGAGUUGCCUCACCUGUCUGACUAUCUAAAUGAAAAUGAACUGAUGGAGAUGGAUACUUUUAUUCACCGCAUUGACUCUACAGAGGUGAUCUACCAGCCUCGGAGGAAGAGGGCAAAGCUGAUAGGAAAGUACUUGAUGGGGGAUCUACUCGGGGAAGGAUCUUAUGGCAAGGUGAAAGAAAUGCUGGACUCAGAGACUCUUUGUCGCAGGGCUGUCAAGAUACUGAAGAAGAAGAAGCUUAGGAGGAUUCCCAAUGGAGAAGCCAAUGUGAAAAAGGAGAUUCAGCUGCUAAGAAGACUCCAACACAAGAAUGUGAUUCAGUUGGUGGACGUUCUUUACAAUGAAGAGAAGCAGAAAAUGUAUAUGGUGAUGGAGUAUUGCGUUUGUGGGAUGCAAGAAAUGCUGGAUAGCGUCCCAGAGAAAAGGUUUCCAGUAUUUCAAGCUCACGGGUACUUUUGCCAACUCUUAGAUGGCCUUGAAUAUUUGCACAGCCAGGGAAUAGUUCACAAAGACAUUAAACCAGGGAAUCUGCUGCUGACCACAGACGGCUCGCUUAAAAUCUCCGACCUGGGAGUAGCAGAGGCCCUUCACCCAUUUGCAGAGGAUGACACGUGUCGUACUAGUCAGGGCUCUCCAGCCUUUCAGCCUCCAGAAAUUGCCAAUGGACUGGACACCUUUUCAGGGUUUAAAGUGGACAUUUGGUCUGCUGGAGUAACACUAUACAACAUUACAACAAGUCUGUAUCCAUUUGAGGGGGACAACAUCUAUAAGCUAUUUGAGAACAUUGGAAAAGGAGAGUACACUAUUCCUGAGGAGUGUGGACCUCUUCUGUCGGACCUGCUGCGAGGCAUGCUUGAGUACGAUCCUGUGAAGAGGUUUUCCAUACAAAACAUAAGGCAACACAACUGGGUGCGGAAGAAACACCCUCCAUCUGAGCCUCCUGUACCCAUCCCUGCCAGCGCAGAGAGCAGGGACCCUUGGCGGAGUAUGACGGUGGUGCCCUAUCUAGAAGAUCUGCAUGGCUACACAGAGGAGGAUGAUGAUGAGCUCUAUGAUGGGGAGGAUGAGAUCAUAUACACUCAGGACUUCACAGUGCCAGGACAAGUGGUCGAAGAAGAUCAGGAUCAGGGGAACGCAGACCACAGUCCAGCUGUAGCCAAGCCAGUUUGUGUGAAUGGGACAGAAGGGGGGUCUCUGAACAGCAAGGCCAAAGCCGAACGCCGAUCCUCAUCCUCGUCCAACCCCUCACGUAAAGGAGUCUCCACAGCCAGCAAAAUCCGCAAGCUCUCCACCUGCAAACAGCAAUGACCCUCCUCCCCCUUUCUGCCUCAGCAGCAACCCACCUGGGUGAUCUGUCCUCGUCCUCCUGUGUCCAGAGUUCUCACAGUUGUGAGAGAAACCUGCUGACAUUAAGCCCCCCCAACACCUUCACCUGCCCCCCUCCCCAAACCUCCUUGGACCACUGGCCUGCAGAGUCGUUUGAAGAUCCGGUAUUAGCGACGAGGAGGAGGAGGACAGCAUGAAAUGUUCUUUCUGCUCUGAGACUGAGGCUGUGAAGACGGUGUUUAUUUUCUCCAAAAUUUUGGGCUCCUUUUCAACUAAACUCAUCCAGUUCUCUCUUAUCAUUUUCCCCCUCCCAACCCUCUCCCCUCCUCUCCAAUCUUGUCAUCCUCCUCAGAGAGCCAAGUGUUGCACCGGACGUUACAGACUCCCCCACCCACCUACCCACUCCUCCUCUCCACCUACCCCACCCACCCCUCCUUAACCCACCUUGUUUCUUUGACUACCUUUUGUUUUUACAGAACCCUAAUGGCAGUUUUUAAGACACAUUGUGAUGUGUAAAAAAAAAAAUUAAAGAGGAAAAAAAAACACAUGUUAUGAAUAAUUCUAUAUUUAAACCUCUGCUGAGCAUAAUUAUGGUAGUGCUACCACCGACAUAGAAACUGCAUGCUGUACAGAGCUGGAAGAAAGGGAAAGCUCUUGGUUUUAUGUGGAUGCACUGACGGACUGAAGCCUUGAGAUUUGUAUUUUUUCCCUCCCCUUUUAGGUUUUUUUUUUUUCUUUUUUUUUUUUCCUAUCAAUAUUUUUUAAUUAUUAUUUAUAUAAAACAUGUCCCAAACAGGCUGUUUUGUUGGAUGAUCCUUUCUGUUUGAAUUUAAGUUCAGCAUAUUUUCAUAAACACAGCUCAUUAGUUUAUGACCCUUUUUUAUUUUUUCCUCCCCCUUUAUUUCACGUGUCCUUUAAAGAGCGCACAGCUCUGACA